CCAGCUGUGCGCAGGGCGGGUUCCACGACCCGGGGUUGCGGUGUCGGUGCCCGCAGUCCACGCGCAGGUCGUCGCCAUGGUAGUGCAGGCCACGUGGUGAGGGUGCCGCCCCCCGCCCUGCUAAUCACUCCCGCAUCCUCAAAGCCUCCUGGUUGGCAUCGCGAGAUACCGCGCCUCCGGGGGACUGACCAGGGCCCGCGCCCGCCGGACUGGGCACGGCCCGGGCUCCUAGACCUUUCGGGCCUCACCAGGCCGGCGAGUGGUAUCAAGUGCCAGCAUGCUGUUCCUCGGCCUUAUCAGGGAUGAGUCUUCUGAAGGAACAAGCCCAUGAGUGCUGCUGACUCAGUGUGCAGGGGCGCCCUGUAAGGACUGCCAGGCAACAAUGAAGGUUCUUUUACUGAAAGACGCCAAGGAGGAUGACAGUGGCCAGGAUCCGUACAUCAGGGAAUUAGGAUUAUAUGGACUUGAAGCCACUUUGAUCCCUGUUUUAUCAUUUGAGUUUUUGUCUCUUCCCAGUUUCUCGGAGAAGCUGUCUCAUCCAGAAGAUUAUGGAGGGCUCAUUUUCACCAGUCCCCGAGCAGUGGAAGCUGUGGAGCUGUGUUUGGAGGAAGACAGUAAAACUGAAGUCUGGAAAAAGUCCCUGAAAGAAAAAUGGAAUGCCAAGUCGGUGUACGUGGUUGGAAAUGCCACCGCUUCUCUAGUGAAUAAAAUUGGCCUGGAUACAGAAGGAGAAAGCUGUGGAAAUGCAGAAAAGCUUGCAGAAUAUAUUUGUUCCAGGGAGUCACCAGCCUUGCCUCUUCUGUUUCCUUGUGGAACCCUCAAAGGAGAAAUCCUGCCGAAAAUGCUCAAGGACAAAGGGAUUCCCAUGGAAAGCAUAACCGUCUACCAGAAGAUUCCACACCCAGGAAUCCGAGUGAACCUGAAUAGCUACUAUUCCCAGCAGGGCGUCCCAGCCAGCAUCACGUUUUUCAGUCCCUCUGGCCUUACACACAGUCUCAAGCAUAUUCAAGAGUUAUCUGAGUUUCCAUGUCAAGUCAGAGCACUCCUGACCUCGCAGAGCCCCUGCGGGCCCCUCUGGAGAACUGGAAAGGCAGGGCUCUGCAGUUCCCGGCCCACUCAGGCACAGCGACGGCCUUUACCUUUAUCACAGUUUGCAGCCAUCGGCCCCACCACAGCGCGCGCCCUGGCCGCACAGGGCCUGCCUGUGAGCUGCACGGCCACGAGCCCCACACCUCACGCCCUGGCCGCUGGCAUCAGGACGGCGCUCCAGCCCCAGAGCUGCUGAGCCAGCUGCCCCGGCGGCCUCCCUGGGCCGGGCUGCUGCCUCCAGGGCGGGCGAGGUAUCUGACCUCAAACCCCUGCCUCGUGCCUGAGCGGGACAGUGAUGAGGACGCGACCGCGCUGGCAUCAGGCCCCCGCGCUGCCUCCAUGCGGCCACUCGGACCCUCGCCCGGUACGUGCCAGCGCCCAGGCCCCGUGCAGCAGGGAGCACAUCAAAUGAACACCACUGGCUCCUUGUGCGGACUGUGUGAUUUCCACUGCAGAGCUGUGUUUGGGAGGAAACAGAGGUGUCCAUGUUCUGAUAACCGACAAACGUGGUAUGAAUGCUGAAAUUUGCUGUGUGUGUUUUAUUUGUCCUAUAAAAAGGACCCGGAAGUUC